UGCCGACCGCGGUCACGUAGCGCGAUCAGUCGAGUUCUGGACGCGGCAGCGAUCGGUGUGGCUCUCUCUGUCUUAUCUCCCCCCUCGGGUUUGGUAGAUAGUGCUGGGUGAUCUUGAGCAGCAGAAGCAGCAAGGAAGAUAAUGGCUGAGUAUCAGUACCUAUCCGGCUUCGGAUCCCACUUCUCCUCGGAGGACGCCCGCUGUCCGGGUGCCCUCCCGGAAGGCCAAAACUCUCCCCAAAAGUGCGCGUACGGCCUGUACGCGGAACAACUGUCUGGCAGUGCCUUCACGGCACCCCGCACCGAAAACGUGCGCAGUUGGCUGUACCGCAUCCGACCGUCGGUGGUCCACGAACCGUUCAAGUCCUACCAGGUGGCACCGUUUCUUCGGGGCAACAAAUGGGACGAACAGCCUCCAAAUCCGAACCAGAUGCGGUGGAGUCCCUUCGAUUUGCCGGAAACCGGCGAGGAGCGCGACUUUGUCGCCGGACUGCACACGGUUUGCGGCGCGGGGGAUGUCCGCAGUCGGCACGGGCUGGCCGUGCACGUGUACCUGUGCAACAAGUCGAUGGAGAAUACCGCGUUUUAUAACAGCGAUGGGGACUUUUUAAUUGUUCCCCAACAGGGUCCGUUGGACAUUACGACGGAGUUUGGACGGCUGUACGUCAAGCCGAACGAAAUCUGCGUGAUCCCGCAGGGCAUCCGGUUCAGCGUAGCCGUUGAAGGGCCCACCCGGGGCUACAUCCUCGAAGUGUACGAUGGACACUUCAAGCUGCCCGACCUGGGACCAAUCGGCGCAAACGGGCUAGCAAAUCCACGUGACUUCCUCACGCCCACGGCAUGGUUCGAGGAUCGCACCGUGGAAGGAUUCAAGAUCGUGUCCAAGUACCAAGGAGCGCUGUUUGUCGCCACGCAGAAUCAUUCGCCCUUCGAUGUAGUCGGCUGGCACGGCAAUUACGCCCCGUACAAGUACGACCUGGCCAAGUUUAUGGUGAUCAACUCGGUCAGCUACGAUCACUGUGAUCCCAGCAUCUUCACGGUGUUGACCUGUCCGAGCAAUAAGUACGGGACGGCCAUUGCCGACUUUGUCAUCUUUCCGCCGAGGUGGUCGGUGCAGGAGAACACGUUUAGACCGCCGUAUUACCAUCGCAACUGCAUGUCCGAGUUCAUGGGCCUGAUCCUGGGCCGGUACGAGGCCAAGGAGGGCGGCUUCCUGCCGGGGGGCGCUUCGCUUCACUCCAUCAUGACGCCGCACGGGCCCGACCGGAAGUGCUUCGAGGGCGCCUCCAACGCCACCCUCAAGCCGGAGCGCAUCGCCGAAGGAACGCAGGCGUUCAUGUUCGAGUCAUCGCUCUCGAUGGCCGUCACGCGCUGGGGCGAGGAAACGUGCCAAAAGCUGGACGCGCGCUACUACGAGUGCUGGCAGACGUUGGAGAAAAAGUUCAAGAUUUGAGGAGUUUCGGAAUGGCGACGAUGACGAGGGCACACGAACUAAGGACAAAAUUCGAAUGUUUAUUUUCUGUCUCAGUUUUCCAGUUGGUUUUUGUGUUUCUUUUUUCUGUUUGAAGCAAAUUUAUAAAAUUUAUCUUUUUUUUCUUCUUCUGUUUUACGGUAUCUCUUGAUUCGCAGUUAAUACUUAGAGUUUACAUAAUAAUAAUAAUAAUAAUCAUAAUUCAUAGUUCUGCAUGUUCCUGCUCGUUUUCACUUGUUUUUAAAAGUUAGAUUAGUUUUGUUUUCUUUACGAUAAGAGUACACUUGCGCGGUUCGCUUAUUUUUGUGUCGCGUAUUUUUUUUUUUUUUUCAUAUAUUCCUUUCGUUACUCAUUCAACUAGAUUUAUAUCAAGAAUGGUUUAUUUGUAUUAUUCCAUUAGUAAGUAAGUACUAAUCACUUUUGUUUUAUUUUCUUUUUUGCGUGUGUGUUAAGUUCAAUUCAAUCAGUAUAUGGUGUUUAUAAUCACACAUUCUUUUAGGGUUGUUUGUUUUACUCCUUUCUUUUUGCUAUAACGAUUACUUUUUUUACACCUAGAAGUAGUUUGUGAGGAAAAUAAAGCCAUUGUUUCGUGCUUAUUCA